GCAGUGGUGAAUAGCAGAGGGGGGACGGUGGACACUUGCCUGGAGGAUGGGAGUCAGUUUCAGUGGGUCAAAAGAAGAACAGGUAAACACGAAAUUUGACUGAUCAUGGACCUAGGACCAUGGACUGAUAAACAUUUCAAAAAGUUACCACCAGCUAGGGUAGAAAGUUGAUAUGGGCGCCACCGAGAAUUGGCUCGCAUAUAUAGCCCCCCCCCCCAAAAAAAAAAAAAAAAAAAAAAAAAAGGGAUAGUGUUUUAACUCCAAGUGCGUGCUAUGUGUGAUUUUUUUUCUUCAAUUUCAUAAUUAUAAAUCCUAUCGAGCGAUGAUCCUUGGUACAUACUUUCUCAUCCCCGUUUGAUUCUUAAGAAGAAAAAAACGGAAAAAGAAAAAAGAGAGAGUAUAUCUUUUAUGCGCGAUAUGCGCGACUGGUUCAGAUCAAGGAGUGGUUCACUUCAUAUUAUAGUACUCGUGGUAGUGUCCGGUCGGAAGAUAGCUCAUAAAGUAGUGUAGCUGAGGCGAUGAGUGGAUUGCUGCGUGGGAUAUAACUGCCUAAAUCAAUUAUCACAUCCAUGUACGAUUCAUUCUUACACGUGCUGUUGACUAAUGAAGAGAGGACGCUCUAUGACAAAUCGUCGAGCAACAUUUUUCUCAACUUUUUUGGCAAUUUGUUCGACGAUGUGUUAGGAAAACUAGAAAGGCGAAAGGCGUGGAACAGUGAAACCACCGGCACAUUGCAUUUUGAUCUUGGUUAAUUAAAGUAAAACCCGAUACUCUCUCUGCUAUAGCUAGACAUCAGCCAGUAAAAAAAGAGAGUCUACACCGGUUUUAAAGCGUGAGCAAGGCGAUGACUAGAAGACCUACUUCUAAUAGGAAGAAAAUCAUGCACCUAUUUCCAAAUUCAUGUUACAGGAAAAUUAUAUUAUGGAAUAAUCCCGUGAUCUACUGCUACCGUAAGAUGAUUUUUGACCAUGGUUCUAAUUUACAAUGAGGAACAUGAUUUCAUCGAGACCGUGAAGCGAUGUUGACUAACCAAGCUGUAUCAACAGUCAACCUUGUCUGACCUUGGGAUUCUCAAACAAGAUAUUUUUAUGAUGUGAUGAAGAGUUCGAUUCUCAUUAAUGGAAUAAUCACGAUUAUAAUGAUUCUGUGUGUCGAUAGCACCAAGCAAAUAAUGGCAUUCCCAGCAACUACAUCUUCUUCAACAUCCACAACCACCCUUCUCAGUCUUCAACAACUCAGAACUAUCGCAUCGAGGCUUGUCACCGAUUCCAGAAAUAUAUGCCAAAGAUUUGAAAGGGAUAGAUUGGAAGGGGACGUAUCAAGAGGAGAACGCUGCCAAGAUCCCACUACUUCAGUGACGCCACUCUCACCAUUGACGCUGCUUUUUAUGUCGAAACGAUCAAUUCUAGCAACGUUAAAGGUGAAUUUGGGAAAGUUAGUCGAACCGCUGCAUGACAUGACAGUGAGAGAGACUCGGUGGCCAGGCCUACACAGAUUUUACAUGCCUUUCGACGGGCAGAAGGGAUUUGAAGACUUCGAAAACGAUGUCACAGUACUCUUUAACGACAUAGAAGCAAGGAUAAGACUGGCAGGGCCAUCUACGGAGCCAGCUCUUCCACGAACUGUCCUCAGUGAGGUGGACUACAACCCUGCUAGUAGUGGUGCAGUGGAUACUGACAGAGCCAAUCACUUACUCUUAAGAACUCUUGUGACAUUUUCGCGCCAACUACGCUUGCUGACAAUGACGUACAUUCGGAAAGAAAUGCAAGAACCUUCGUGACACAACGGGUAUUAACCAUCGAUAUCAAAAUACUGGAUAGAGCUCGUUGUAUGAUACCGCACAUGCAGGCGACCUUGAGGCUACAGGAAAAGUACUCCAUGACAUCAUUAACAGUAAAUGGGGCCACAUAUACACGAAAGAAACAACACGCACAUGCAAGAGUAAAGUAUUGAACUUUGUGCGCUCGACCCUUGGGAGGACUUUGAAGUGUUUCCGAUGGACCCAGUUAAGAGUGCGGUAUUACUCUAUCCAUUUUACAUAUAUAUCGGUGGUAUUAACGUGCAGAAUCGGUUGAAAGGGAUCAUGGGAGCGGGACGUGACCAUUGGACUCCUACUUAUUUAUUAUCUCCAUUCUUGAUAUCCCAUCUGCCGCAUGUGCAACAGCAAUAAUUCCUUAUUUAUUUAAAGUGUGUGAGUGUGGGUGAGUGAGUCAGUGAGUGAGUGAGUGUGCAUCUGAAUAUAGUUAUGUUCGGAUGGAGAAGCUGGUAUUCGCAUACAUGUAUUUGUGUUUGUAUCAAAUUUGAUGUCUUAUUUAACGACUUUCCAGAGUGCUUGUGUCAUCUCAGAUGUUUUAUUUAUGAAUUUAUAAUGUAAACUAUUACUAUUGUGUCUAAAGAAAUCUAUUCCAAAAUAUCAUUGUAUUUUUAAAUUGUAAAUUAUCAAUUCAGUGAAUUGUAUUCAGCCCAUAUUUUAAAUGAAUGAGUUGGUCAUGCCUAGCGUUUCACAUUAGUAGUAGAAUGGCGAAAAAGAACAUAAUUUUGAGGACUGUCAUAGCUAAUAAUAUCAGAUUAAGCCUGAGCGGAUAUUUGCAAUACACUUUUCUUUAUAAUGUAACAUUGAAUGUACGUGAAUCAUUUUCUCAGUUUGGGUACGAAUAGGAACCCCCUAAUAUAUGUAUCGGAAGAAGAAUGAAAACUGUUUCCGAGUUUUAAAGAGAAAGUUCACCCUAAGUAUAAGUUUGUUUUAACCAAAGCGCAGAGAUUAGUGAAAACAAAAUGGUAAAGGUUUAAUGAGAAUCCGUCACAGAGUAAGUGAAUUUUCAAAGUUUUUAGACGUCACAGAUGAGCAGAGCAGCUCCUUCAUAUUUAUGUCGUGUAAUAUAAAUUCCAGAAAUUCCCCCUUUAUCAAAAAUUUGAAAGUGAUUAAAUUUAUACAGGAGAUCAUCAGCAGACACAUCAUUAAAUUGCACAUCCCUUAUAUAAGUAAAAUAUCGUUAUUCAUCAUAUUUCCUUCCAUAUUUCCAUCAUAUUUAAAAUGGGGUUUAUGGAAUUUUUAUUACACGACGGGAAGCCGCUUUAAACUUUGAAAUACAUAUAUUUCUUAUUCUUCGAUGGAUUUUUAUCAAACUUUCACCAAUAUUUUUAUCAAAAUUUCAUUUAUCAAAGCAGGUUUAUUAAACUUUUCCUUCAAUAAGAAAAUAUUUGUUUCGAAAACAAACGGCAGGACUAGAUGGUAAAAGUCAGUUGAAAGAAAUUGGACAAAGGAUGAAAAGUUAUGAUUUUCAAAGAAUACCUCACUCUGUGCAAAUCGCAUAUUUUGUGUUUCUGUAUAAGUGGACUGAUACAGGAUUUAUGCAGUGUAUUUACAGUAUGUUUAUAUGUUAAGUUCUGUUUUUUCACCGUUGAGAUAUUUUCCUGGCGGCAAUAAAGUAAAUCUUGUAUACUGAUUGGUCUAAAUAGCAUCAUGUGACCCAACAUAUUCUCACUAUUUUGCGAUGAUGUUGAAAAUGAAACGCCCACUGAAGAAACUUUACUAGUCUGUGACGUUAAUGAUGCUUGGAUUAGUGAACUAUUCCAUCAUUGACGUCACAGUUCAUGCAAUCUUUCGGGCGCACCGGUCAGCGAGGUGACUCUAGUAGGAUUUAAAACAAAUAUACCAGGCCUUUAUUUCGAAAUUAUAGACGGAAUUAUUCAUCCUCGGUUGUACUGGCAAAAUGUUUAAUGCCAUUCCCACCUCGGACAAAUAAUUCCCGCUAUACUUACUCAAAGCCUGGUAAUUUGUAUAUUAUAUCGGUAUACGGGCCUUGUGAAAGAAACAUCCCUUUGACUUUGUCGAAAAUAAACAAAUUUGGGCAAAACUGUAUAGCCCGUCACAUGCAUCACAAUUGCUAUGUAAUCGUUGGAACUUUUAAAAUCAAAGUACCAUCAGAGUCACUCUUAAACGCCUCAACUAUUUAAAUAGUUCCCGCUUCUUUACCCAGAAUGCAUCAUUUUGCCAUGAGCCAUCCACAUUGCCAGGAAGAAUUUAACUUCUCUUUAAAACACUCGAACAAAAAAUCCGCCAAGGAACUAAUGAUUAGUGAUAGCUUCCAGCAUUCCUACUUUUGUAAAUUCAAAAUGGUAAUUGCAAUUUCUCAUCAUAUAUCGCAAAUAUAUUUCGCUCUUUUCAAGAUUAUCAAUAAUAUGGGAGGAACACAGUAUAAUUUCCCUUUUAAAAGAUCAUUACUUUCUUAUUGAUUAUUUGAUUAAAUACAAUUUUCACUAAUCAUUUCGAAACAGCUUGUUCAUGGAGUUGGACUCGUUAUGCCCUUUUCGAGGAAUAUAUUUAUGAAAGGCUGAAUUUACUCAGGAUAAACUCAAUUGAUGCCUCGAUUUGGACUUGAUUCAUGUUCGAUGAAUAAAUUUGGUAACUUCUAUUUUUUCUUCAUUGUAUUAUUUACAAUCAAAGUGUGUGUAUAAUUCGAAAAGGUUAUCCAUUAACGCUCCACCGUGCUCACCUUGCAAGGUCAAAGUCAACAAAUGUUUUACUAGCGUCGAUGAAUAUCUCCUUUUGUAUAAUUUUGCUAUAGUCAGUCUUUGAUAUGUUUCUUAAUGGUUCUAUUCAUACAACUUGCACGGGAUGAAACAAUAACCCCCCAAAGUGCUUGUUAUCAUGACUAUUGUCACAAUGAAAUUGUUCCAAGUUUACUAAUAAUCAUUUCAAAGUCAUUUCAAUAAGAGCGCUCAUUAAAGGAAUCACUAUGUUUCUAUAAUUAUUUUUAUCAUCAAAUAAGAUUUUUAUUUAAGGCAUUCAAAAAUGUAUUCACUGAGUAUAAAGUUUAAAAAUUCCUGCCUUUCACUUGAUCAAUUUUGUACUACAUGAAUAUCAAUAUGUUCUCGAUCGGUGGUGAACGAUGUACAUCGUUUCCGAUGAUAUUUACAAAGUUGAAUAUUUUUCUACUUUUUACUUUUUAAUAAAUAAAUGAAUAUAAAGAA